UGUUCUUUGUGAACUGACUUACUUAGUAGUUUGUCAGGGACAGAAAGGUUUAGACCCAGAGCUCUGUAUACUUUAUCCACUUACUGAUAGAGUAAAACCAGAAGUGUAAGAUUAAAUAUUUUUUCCUAUUGCUUUAUUUAAAGAGCACGCAGGACUUGGCUCACACAUAAAAGAAAAUAAGUUUGUAGAUUGAGCCUAAAGUCCAUCAGAACAGAUGGAUUAAAAAUGUUUUUAUAAUCAGAGAUUGAUGGGUUUGCUUUGAGGAGCCGUUUGUCCUUUAACCGGUUAAGUGUUGGCUGGUGUUUGAUCUUUGUUUGUUGGUGAAAUUUCAAUCGAAACUGCUGACGUGUUCCUCAGCUGAGUGAUGUACAGAUUCUUUUCAUGAACUGAAUUCCCUGAAAGUGAAACUUCAUGGAGCUAAAGGGCUACUUUUAAACAGAGCAAAGUCAUUUCGUCAAAUAGGAAUUGUUUGAACCCACCCAUCUCCAACUAUCCAGCCCAGUGACUGCAUCUGAAAUUCAAGCAGAUACCAGUUCCCAACUUCUUGUCUGGGAUUCCUUGUUUCCUGACAAAGUGAGUGCGACGCCGAGAUCACAGACAUCUCGGUGUGCAUUCAGUGUGAACUACACGGAGAAAUUCACCCCCUCCACGGAAACAGUGCAGGAGAAAACCGAACACAACCAAAGACGAAGAAGUGACAUCGUGGGAGGAGCUACGACCCUCUGGCCCCUCCCCCCCCCAUGUGAGGAGGGUUCUCUGGAAUCACUGGGCAGUCAGACGGGGAAAGCAGUGAGAGACACAGAAGGAGGAUGGGAGGAGCCAGCUCCAGAGAUCAACGAGCUGAAACUUCAAACUGUUUAGAAGAUGAAACAGUGGAAUCAUCAAACUCUACAUUCUUCACUGAUGAAGAACUCACCAAACUCAAGUCUGAUUAUGACAUGGGUGGAGUGGAAAAGGUUAAAACAGUGGUACAGCAGAAAGUAACUGAACUGGACAAUACAGAACUUAAUGUUGCAGUAACAGGAGAAACAGGUGCAGGGAAAUCUUCCUUCAUCAAUGCGAUGAGAGGACUUGAGUUCGAUGAUGAGGGAGCAGCUGAAGUUGGUAACAUAGAAACCACAAUGGAGCCAACGGGAUACAAACAUCCCCACCUGCCGAAUGUUUGUUUCUGGGAUUUGCCAGGAAUUGGAACCAAAAAAUUCCCUGCGAAUAAAUACCUGAAGGAAAUGAAAUUUAAAAAGUAUGAUUUUUUCAUCAUCAUCUCAUAUUGUCGAUUCACAGAAAAUGACACAAAACUUGCCAGAGAGAUCAAACGGCUUGGAAAGAAUUUCUAUUUUGUUCGAUCAAAAAUUGAUAAUGAUCUUGAUUCAAACAGAAAGGGAGGGAGGCAAUUUAAUGAAGAGGAAGAACUGGAGAAGAUCAGGAAUGACUGUAUCAGCAAGCUGCAAGAGGCUGGGAUCCCAUCACCCAGAGUGUUCCUGAUAUCAAACUUUGACCUGAAUCUGUAUGAUUUUAGUCUGUUAAAUAAAGCUCUGGAAGAUGGCCUUCCGAAUAUAAAGAAAAGUGUAUACAUCCUCGCCCUCCCAAAUAUCAACUCGGAGGUUGUGGAGAAGAAAAGGAAAGAGCUAAGGAAACGAGUCUGGAUGUUGGCGACACUGUCUGGGGUAAUUGGGGCAGUGCCAGUUCCUGGAGUCUCCCUGGGCUGUGACAUUGGGAUAGUAAUUGGAGGAAUAGUACAUUUUCGUCAAUGUCUGGGUCUGAAUGAUUCCUCUCUUCAAAGUCUGGCCAAGAGGGCAGGGAAACCUGUGGAGGAUCUGAAAGCAGUGGUGACAACUCCCCUGGUCGGCGGGGAGAUAACCCCCGAUGUUAUAAACAGAUUGGCCUGGGGUGCUGCUGCUGUCACCAUUUCAGCAAUCGAGCUCGCCCUUGACAUCAUCCCAGUGAUUGGUUCCAUCUUCGGAGCAGGAUCUUCGUUCCUUGUGACCUACAAACUGCUGAGUGCUGCACUGGAUGAUCUUACAGAGAGUGCACAGAAAGUGGUGACAGCUGCAUUUGGGACCAAAAAUGAUAUAAACCAAACAUCAGUGCAGUGAGUGGAUACUGCAGUUGAUGGAUAAAUGGGAUCUAGCCCUAAAUACUGAUGAAACUUUACUCAAAUAUUCCCUUGUGACUGACUCAUUUUUGAAAAUAUUCCUCCCUGAUAUCAAGGAAAUGUUAUUGCAGAAAAAACAGCAUCUUUUUUGAGGUGUAUAAUAAGGUGAAUUUUAAGACUCCAAUUAACUUCACAUAUUCCUGGCACACUGGCUAUCCCUUCAUGAAAUACAAAUAAAAUACGUGUUCCCUGCUGCUGGAAUCAUCCAGCACAGGAUGUAUCCAUUCAGCCCACUAUUCCUCUGGUCAGAAAUAUCUGUGUGUCCACAAUGACAGUGAUGGACAGCUCUUUCUAACAUUCAGCUCCUUCUCUGUAAUGGUGUCUUCUAAAGUAUGACAACAGCAUUAUGACUGAAAUGGACUCCUACAGAAAGAAAAUUCACUGGGAUUGUGUUUAUUUUUGAUUAUGGGUAAUUUCCACAUUGGUCCCUUUUUCCACCUUCAUAGCUAUCAUUCACAUGACAUUUUAAACCUGUGUUAAGGUUAACAGUAUAGUCUUCCUCCGAGCAUAUAACAAUCCCAACAUAAAGCCUUAUCAAGAGAAAGCUUGUUUUCCAAUGCUGUUAAACCCAUCAGCACAUUCAGUGUACAGCCCACUCACCUGGCGUUAGAACAGUUGUUGCACAAUGCAGAGAAUGUCAGAAAAGAUUUCAGUUUUCUGCAGAUCUCAAUAUACAUGAUAUCAAAAUAUGGAUGAAGGCACUGGAUAAUGUAAGAGCGAAGGGCCCUGACAACAUGCAGCAAUACGACUGAAAGCACCAGCUCCACACCCUGCCAAGGCCCGAGGCAAUUUGUCCAUUUGAAUCUAACUGACAAAUAACACAGAUCGAAUAAUGAACCACUAACUGCCUUUGCAGUCUCCUCUCAAUCAUUAACAAAGUGAUGUUGCUAUCAAACAACAGUUGCUCAACAAUAACCUGCUCUCUGAUGCUCAGUUUGGUUCAACCAGGCCCGCUCAGCUCCUGGCCUCAUGGCAGCUUAGAUCCAAACACGGUCCAAAGCAGUGAACUGCACAGGUGAUGGGAGAGAGACUGCACUUGGCAUCAAGGUCCCACCCCUCAGUACCAGUGAGACAGGACUUGCAGCACCCUGAUGCAGCAAGGUUAGCGGGUCGCAUUUAGUUCCAGGACAUUAACAGAAUGGAACACAUUACACAUGAAUGGACAAAGAAUGCUUGGCCAUUGUCUUUGCUUGUGAACAUUUUCAUCAAUAACUACUUCCAGGAGACAAAAUCACAUUCAGAACUGACCACAAACCACUUCAAAGUAAUUUUCCACGACUGCCACUGUUCUGCUCCAAAAGCCGUCACUCACAAUACAGAGGUAGCAUUUGCAAAUGCGAGGCAGGCGACUGAAGCAGAUGUAAAUUGCAGACAUGCUGUUGACAGCAGCUUCCCAGUGAAGACAGUACAGGAUACUGGAAUCAUAAAUUGCAACAUCCACAGAAACAGUUUCUUUGGUCCAAGUCAUCCACACUGACCAGACAUUCCAAUCUGACCUCGUCCCAUUUGCUUGGAUUUGGCAUAUCCUUCUAAACCCUUCUGACUCUUAUACCCACCCAUAUGCCUUUUAAAUGUUGUAAUUGUACCAGCCUCCACCACUUCCCCUGGCAUCUCAUUCCAGACACGCUCUACAUUCUGUGUGAAAAGGUUACCCCUCAGGGCCUUUUUAAGUCUUUCCCCUCACUUUAAACCAUAUUGACAUAAACUGUAAUCUGUUGUCAUUUUCGGACACAAUUCAUAAAAGAAACCCUUCCACUAACAACUUUGUAUUUCCAAGGUUCAUGUUGUACUAAAGCUGACACACUCACCUCUACGACCAUAUUACUCACUUACCCUCUGCCAGUUCCCCCAUGGGUCCCAGCUGCUGAGAUACUAUAAGACAGGAGGACCAGUGAUUGCAAGGAUGACUGUUACAACAUAUGCUCAUGGACCAAGAUUCCUUUGUUCUGAAUCAAGCUGCCCUUUUUAAACACAUUAAAUAAAAGGCAAGUUUAUUUUCAGUCAAGCUCAUGUUCUGUAUCUGUUUUUAUGGCAUUACCAUAUCAUUGGAGUUCAGCUUGCGUUGACAUUUGUAUCGGAAAGUGUUCUAAUUAAAU